AUGCACUUCAAUGCUUUCCUCUUCUCAGCCCUGUGUGUCAGUCCACUGGCCUGGAUUGAUGCCGUCGCGGCGGACAGCUGCAAGGCUCUGGCCGACGAGAAUGUCGCGGACCUCAGCGACUGCUGCAGUGGGACCCUGCCGCGCAAUGAGACGGUCAACUUCAACCUCAUCGAGAUCUCCUGUGGCCAGCGGCCCGCGUCCAGCGGCCCCAUCUCCAGACUCAAGAUGAACUCGGCCGUGAACUGUGUCGGCCUGGUGCUCCGCGGCGAUCGCGCGCUGGUGGCGUCGUGGGAUCCCGUGCGGAGGGAAUGCUGGUACACCAAGGCCGGCGACCCGCCGCUGACCGAGGCCCCGGGGUUCCUCCUCAUGCGCUACAAGGAGGAGUUGGAGCAGGAGGAUUGUACCAUCCGCGUGAAGGAGGUCGAGCAGAAGUGCCAGCAGGACCUAGCCGCGAAGCAGACGAAAUGCGAUCAGGAGAAGGUCGCAGACAAGACCAAGUGCGACCAAGACAAGAGUAAUUUGGAGACGGAGUGCAGUAGGAAGCUUGAAGAGCAGAAGAAGUCCUGCCAGCAGCAGUGCGAGCAGGAGAAGGCCGCGGACAAGGCCAAAUGCGACCAAGAUAAAGCCACCUUGGAGACGGAAUGCGCCAAGAAACUCGAAGAUCAGAAGCAGUCCUCGCAGCAGCGGUGCGAUCAAGAGAAGUCUGACGAGAAGACCAAGUGUGACCAAGACAAGGACACCUUGCGAACUGAAUGCGACAAGAAGCUGGACGAUCAGAAGAAGGAGGCCCAGGACCAACUGCAACAGUGCCGCCGGGAGGGUCAGAGUCAUCUUGGCAACGGCGCAUGGCCGAAGAACGAGGCGAUGACCAACAAGAGACUUGCAGCCACUGCGCUCGCAUACUCGCCCAGUGACCCCAAUCAGCUGGUGACCGUCGACUUCGCCCGGAAUAUCGACAUCCACGAUGUGACGACGGCCCAGACCAGGCGGUUGACCACGAUGCAAUCGAGCGACGGUGUCGCGACGAGCAUUGCCUGGCACCCGAGCGGCCAGUCGGUUCUGGUGGCAUGUUACUAUGGGGUCGUCAAGAUCUACACCGUCGGACCACCGAGCACCACUCCCAGUAUCUACACGCUGCUGGACGAGAAGAAGGAGUCCAGGGGGAUGAAGGUCGCAUUCUCGCCCGAUGGAAAGACGGCUGUCGCUGGCCUGGAAGACGGCCGUGUCCUUCUGUGGGAUGUGGCUACUCGUACUCGACUGCCCCUCUCAGCACAAGACAAGCACUCCGCUGCGGUCAAUGGUCUGACCUUCUCCUCCAAGGACGGAACUUUGGUGACCGCGUCUUCCGAUAAGACCAUCAAGUUCUGGGCCGGGGGCAAAGUGACCCAGACACACCCUCUGAACGUCGAGGUUCGCAGCGUGGCCUUCUCCCCCAGCGGGGUCCACCUUGCCUGCGGCUUGCAAGACUCCAGUAUCAAGAUCCUAGACGCUGCGACCCGCACCCAGCGUCGGGACCUUCGAGCGCACGCCUCUGCGGUGGUGGACGUGGCAUUCUCCGCCGACGGGAACGCACUGCUCUCUGCCUCCGAGGACCGAACGGUUCGCGUCUGGUCCUUGAUUGGAGACUAUGCGCAGACCACGGAUACAGACAAGAAGGCCCAAGCCAUUGCUGUGUCACCGGGAGGAAAUUCCCUCGCUGUACUGUUCGACAUGCGGCCGAUGGUUUUCUACGCGAAGCCCUAA